AUGGCACCGGACGCGUUCCCUGGGCGACGUUUCUCGGCGGAGCACUCGAUUCGAGUCGCUGCCGCUUUCAUAGGCAUUAGCUUUGUGCUAGCGUACGCGUUGCGAGAGUGGAUCCGCUCGUCGCCGAAACUGGUUCUCGCGACUGGCGUUUUGGCGUCCCUGUGGUCAGUCUACACGCUCAGUCUGUGCAGCGCCUGCCGCGUAGCGCUGUUCAGCACUGCAAACGAACGCCGUCGCACGAAGCCGCUGGGGUGGAUCGCCACCGUACUAAGUGGGGCGUUCGGAGGUCUGCUUGGUUCCCGAAUCCACGCGGUCUGCUUCACCACUUCGGUGUUGCUGUACGCGGUCUGGGUCUGGGAGCUACAGAUACCAGAGCAGUGA